AUAAGAGGGGCGCUGGGCACUCAUCACGACAGAUCUUUUAAAACAACACUCUCAUUUAAUUUUGGAAAGACUUAACAGCCUGGAUGUAUCAUUUUACAAGCUUCUCUCCAGCCACUAACCCACCACUGAUGUAUAUCACACGCUAGUUUAUGUGACAUUAAGAUUCGCUGUCAAGGCCUCCUUUUGCUCUGCAGGUUGUAAAACUGAAGGACAAACAUUCAAAAUGGAAAACCUCACGACUGGUCCUCCCAUGGGCCUGGAACUUAGAUGUAACAUGACUGGGAGCCACAAUUUUAUCUUCACAUUUAUUCCGGUGGUGUACGGCUGCAACUUUAUUAUCGGAAUAGUAGGAAACAGCCUGGUAGUGGCUGUCAUCUACUUCUGUUUGAAACUAAAAACCGUUUCCAAUAUAUUUGUUUUGAACCUUGCAAUCUCAGACCUGACUUUUCUUCUCACCCUGCCCAUUUGGGCCAUAUACACCGCCACAGGCUACCAGUGGCCUUUUGGAAGCUUCUUAUGUAAAGCUAUCGCCGGUAUGGCCCUUUUUAAUCUAUAUACCAGCAUUUUUCUCCUUACUGCUCUCAGCAUUGAUCGCUAUCUUGCCAUAGUUCACCCAGUUCAGUCUAGACAGUGCCGUACGGUGGUCUACGGCCGUGUGACGUGCGUCUUAGUUUGGGUAGUGGCUUUGUUUCUGAGUCUACCCACCGCUGCCGUACGGAGGACACACUUUAUCCAGCAUAGCAAUGUAACUGUAUGUGGCAUCCUGGACAAGGAAGAGCUUCGCAAUGUGCUUGCUGCUCUCAGUCUGAUGAAGGGCGUGCUCGGGUUCCUUCUGCCCAUCACCAUCAUCUUCACAUGCUACUGUCUGAUUGGCCGGGCUCUUCUCAAAGCGAAGAACAUUCAAAAGAACUCAAAGUCAAACAGGGAUGAAGCAUUAAGCAUGCUGACCGCUGCAGUGCUGUCAUUUUUCCUCUGCUGGGCACCACAUCAGAUCUUUAACUUUAUGAACGUACUAAUCACCAUCAAAGUGAUCACCAGCUGUGAUGUCAUAGAGGUGGUUGAUACUGUAUUGCCUUUUACCAUUUGUAUUGCCUUUUUCAACAGCUGUAUGAACCCAAUUGUAUACAGUUUUGUUGGGAAGAAUUUCCGCAAGAGCUUGCUGAAGCUGACGAGAUCCUCCUCAAAGUCGGUUGCCACUCAUCCCAGCCUCAGUACCAAGAUGAGCUCUCUCUCGUAUUGACAGAGUCAAUGAACAUCUCUGUUAUAAAAAAAUCCUCGCUGUCUCAAGCCACGUGAUCAAAUCAAACAUCAAUCACCAAUGAAACAUCUUUAAAGACUGAUACUGUUGGCUCAAAUAGAAGAUUAGUCUCUCCCUGUAAAUGACUGUUGUGACUGGAAUGGGAACACAAAUUGUGGUUCUUUUUUCUGUUGCUUUACAUUUACAGUUCAUUUGAGCAUUAACAUUACACAUUUUACAUUAAGGUUCUAGUUAACUAUUUUAGUUAACAUGACCUAAUGCUGAACAAUACUAUUACAUUUAGUUCUUCUUAGGUUAAUGUUCAUUUCAACAAACAUUUUUGGUCAAAAGUUGAAUUUGUUAACAUAUAUGCAACGUAACUUACUGUGCGUUCAGCCUUAAUGUUUUAUCAUGUACAUUCCUUAUAAUAUUGAAUCCAUGAAGGUUGUAUUUUAUUGCAGUGAAGCAACAAAACUUGUUUUAUGCUGUGUAUAGUUAGCUCAGUGAAAAGUGUAAAUUAUGAGCAAACGUUACAUCAUUGAUAUGCUUGUUAAUAUACUAUUAAACGUAGAUAAGGAACUUUGUAUAAAUCUACAAAACUCAUUCCACUACCAUUGCAACUGUGAGAAAAGCAAGUAGGCCCUAUAUGGCACUUCUCAGAUUACUAGAGAUAAUAACGCUCUUUGGUGUAUGUGCGUUUUAUUUUCAGUAAUUUUAUGUAACUGCAGAAUGUACAGAAUGUACUUUUUAUAUGAUAUUUAACCCAGAAGGGACUCUUUAUUGGGUCUAAAUGAUGGCAUGAUGUAUAAGUACUGACAUGAUUAGUGUCAUUUACCAUAAUACAGUAUGUAUAUUUUCACCACUUUAAGAAGUCGUGAAAUGUGUAUAAAAGCUCAGUAAUGUUUGUUUCUUGUUGUUAAAUUGUGUCUUUUAAUGGCCAAAUGCAUUAAAAUAAUGUUGCCUGCUUGAAAAUCGAAAUAAAAUUUCUUUAAAAUUUAAACUAAGACUUUUUUGCCACUGAAUGACAUCGAAAAGUAUGACGUUACAAAUUGGGCAAAAAAACGACUACACCACUUUUAUGCAUAAAAGCAUGAAGCGAACGUUUUUUAAACAUGACGAUUAUGUUUCUAGACUAUCUAAAGUAGGCCUUAAUAUCAGAAAAAGUGAGUUAUAAAUUAUAACUACACUUAACGUGUCUAUGAAAUAAUAGAGUGCGUA